GAAGGCAUCGUGUACUACAAUGAAAGAAAGCAUCGUGUGCUACUUAGAAUCAGGCAAAUUGUGUCCAUACUCACGAACGGUUCGACCUCCUAACAGAAGUCGAAAAGACGACCAUGGCGCGCAGCGAGAAGCUGCUGAUACUUAUGCUAUGAAUCGAGAGGGCAGGAAAAUCAUCAGGAGAAAGAGGGCAACAGGUACUCCGUAGUUAGG